AUGAGCGGAUUAGACUUGUUUGCUGGCAUUGGUGAGAGACCAGUCACCUCUUCUGCUUUCGUGACGCUGAUCUUCAAUGAAGCCGCCGCUGUCGGCGUGAUUCACCUCGUCGUUCAGUCUAUCGAAAAAUACCAUGAAGCGAACGAGGAGUUGGAAGAGACUGAACAAGCUCGUCUUGCCGCGACUUUUCAGACCUCCACGCUGCGCGUUGUCUUUAAAGGGUUGUCGUCUAAUCUGAAGAAAUACAACAAAGACGUCGCAAGCAAGUUGGAAAAAGAUGACAAAGUUGCCAUGCAGGAAAUACUUGACGAGAUUGAUCGGGUCACCGACACAUGCAAGGGUACGAUGCGGAAGCUCAGACAUGAGAUCCGAAACCGGAGUCGAAACAAGAAAGAGCUGGACAAAUGCCGGAACGAACUGGGCACUACUCUGUCUUUAAUUCAGAGCCUACAAACAUCAUGGAUAAGGUUUGUGGAUGAUUACAUUGCGAUGGAGACCUUGGUGGCCACCAAACCGGAUUCAGACAAAGGGAAAACCACCAGUCCCGGUGUCACAAAAAGACGAGAACGCAAGCCAGAGCCUGGGUACAUCGAACGCAUAUCAACAGGCAUAUCAGGCGAGACAUUGGUUCGAACCGAUACAAUACGCACAGGAAGCUCCAGUACGAGUGCUGGCUCAAGCUUCAAGUCGACCAGCAAAGCAAGCAGUGCUUCUACAGUCUCCCUGAAAAGUCUCACGUUCACCAACGAUAAGACACUCAGGGAAGCCGUCCAGAGGGCAGACCUUGAACGGGUCAAGCGCAUCCUCAAAGCCACCACAGACGAGGAAGAACACCGAGCUUCGGUAUCCGCGAUUGACCAGACCAAAGAAAAAUUGCGGCCUCUUCAUUAUUGUGCACAAACAGGCAACUACGAAGGUGCAAAAUAUAUCUUGGGCAGAGAUCAAAGCUGCGUGAACAAGCCGGAUGCAAGGGAUCAAACAGCGCUGUACCAUGCUUGCGUGCACCAUAGCCCAAAUGAGCAACUAGUGAAAAUACUGUUGAAACAAGGAGCCAACUUUGGAAGGAGGACAAGACCAAAAAUGGACACACCCAGUCAUGUUGCUGCAAGGAAAAUGAUAAAGAAUGCGGGGAUGUAA